UUUCCACACCCUCGAGCAACAAACCGCUCAAUGUUGAGCAUAUCAGCUGAACUUUUCUCUUUGCACUUGAGCUGCAAGUGUCGAUUUGAACCGCAAAUAACGCUUCAUUUCUUUUCCCACUGCGCGCAUUACUAUCUGAUAAGAUUAUUUACACUUGACGUACACAAGAAUAUUUUUGCCUCUCCCACAAAGCGGAACACAUCGCUUUCCCAUCUACAAAUACGAGAAACGCCACAUCGGAUUUGGGCCAAGUUCAAGGCACGCAGAAUUGAUCUCUGGAAAAUUCUGCAAAUUUCCAUUCAACCGUGGCAAUUGCGUUCAAUGGAAUGUUCAAGAAAUUUCCUAUAGUGUUUUCGUGAGACUCCAUUGAAAUUGUCGGUGGGCGCUUUAAGGUCUUCUAUUGUCGUGAUUUUGCAUAGUGACGUAUGGAUUUGUGGUGAGAAAUUUCACCCGGAAUAAGCAUAUUGGCGCCAAAAAUAUUUCGGAUCCAAGCGAAGGGAAGGCAAGUAGUGCCUUUUUAAGUACACUCUCUGUGCACUGAUUUCUACUGUGUCGUGCAACUGAUUACUUAACCACCCCUGGAAAGUUUCUCGCAUAUUUAUAACACUUGACGUGAUCGGCGCUACCUACAGGACGCGUUAAUGCGUCGUGGGCGCUUGGAAGCUCCCCCAUGUCACCCCCACAUGUCACAAAGCAUCGCGGUGCGUCCUCAAGCGUUCCAUGUGAAUUAACUCAAACUGGAUUUUGAGCGCCAAUCUGCAUAAUGGCAUCGAUUCCGCGAAAAUAGCAAGAGUUGAUACACAAGGACAAGGCGAGAAUUCCUCUUCGGACCGCUUAUUUUAUUGCACAACAACGCUUAUCAGUCGGCUCUUACGAUGUUCUUUGACAAAACUUUUCCAUCGCCACGAUCGGUGAAAGAACUUCUUCUGCUCUUCCUGCUGGUUCUCUCUUCUGUCCAAGGUGAACUCGAGCGUCCGGAAACAAUGCCUGUGGGAAAUCUGAUAACACUCCGCAAUGACGAGGACUUCAACAAAACCCUCAGCGAGUUUGCAUCCAGCCAGAAGACUUUGACCGUUCUUCUGGACUACGACGGAACUCUGGCGCCAAUCGCUGCCCAUCCGAACGACACAAAAAUUCCUCAGGAAACCGAAGAGCAUCUCAGAGAUCUCGUGAAUCGGAAAGAUGUGUUUGUGGCUGUUAUCUCUGGUCGCGGUGUUGACGAUGUGCGCACGAAAGUCAGCAUCGACAAUGUGACGUUCGCGGGUAAUCACGGCCUGGAAAUCCUCUAUCCGGACGGCUCGAGAUUCAACUAUCCCAUUCCCGAGGAUCUCCAGGCCAACUACACCACAAUGGUCAACACUCUCAAUGAGAAGUUCACGAGUGAUGGCGCGUGGGUGGAAAACAAGAAGGCUUCUCUCACAUUCCACUAUCGCAACGUUCCUGCCAAUCUGCACGGCGCCCUGAAGGAGGACGUGCGAAAGACCGUGGAGAGUUUCGGCUUCCGGGCGAAUCAGGCUCACAUGGCCAUCGAGGCCAAGCCGCCGGUUGAGUGGAACAAGGGCAAGGCAGCUCUGUACAUCCUGCAGAACAAGUUCGGCAACGACUGGGCCAGCAAAGCGAAGGUGUUCUUCGCCGGCGACGACACCACCGAUGAGGAUGCCAUGAUGGUGCUCAAGGGCCAGGGCAAGAGCUUCAGGAUCUCGGACGACGACCAGAUCCAAACGUACGCUGACUACAGGCUAGACUCGCCGUUCGCCGUGGGAAAACUCCUCAAGUGGCUGGCGCACAAGUGAAUCAAUUUUCGCCAGGAUUUGCGCCAAAGCAAUCGAAUAAAAUUCUGCAUUUAAUGGGGGUUCAUAUGAUAGAUCAAAUUUUUGCAAGUAAAUGUGAUUUUUAUA